GACAGGCCCCUAUAGAGAGAAGCUUUAGCCUAGACAAAAGGGAGAGUGGUUAGCUAGCAAAAUAAAAGGGAGAGGAAAUUUUGGGUGAAGGUCCUAAGCCAUGGGAAGACCUCCUUGCUGUGACAAAGUUGGGAUCAAGAAAGGUCCAUGGACACCUGAGGAGGACAUCAUCCUAGUCUCUUAUAUUCAAGAACAUGGUCCAGGAAAUUGGAGAUCAGUUCCUACCAACACUGGGUUGUUAAGGUGCAGCAAAAGUUGCAGGCUUAGAUGGACUAAUUACCUCAGACCAGGAAUUAAGCGAGGCAACUUUACACCACAUGAAGAAGGGAUGAUAAUUCACUUGCAAGCUUUAUUGGGUAACAAAUGGGCAGCCAUAGCUUCAUAUCUUCCCCAGAGAACAGAUAAUGAUAUAAAGAACUACUGGAACACUCACCUGAAGAAGAAACUAAAGAAGUUCCAAUCAGCUUUGGAUCCUAUGGCACAAGGCUCAGCAAGUGGUCAGUUUAUGUCGAAAAGUUUCAAUGAGAGAAAGUGCUUGGAAGAUUUCACCACCGAUUCCUCAGUCCUCAACAGGCCUAAUCAGGUCUCCACAUAUGCAUCAAGUACCGAAAACAUUUCGCGCCUUCUUGAAGGUUGGAUGAGAUCAUCUCCAAAGCCAAACGGCACCGAUCUUCUCAAAGAAAAUUGGGAGAAAAACAAAAACAGCCUGGAAAACAAUGAUCAUAGCUUUGGCAAUUCAGUGGCUACAAAUUCUCUUCAAUCUUAUAGGCCAAAACCCGAGGAAGAAAGUGGUGAUCUAAUCUCUCAUGAAGAGUUUGAGUCCAUUUUAUCACUUGAGAACUUGAAUAAUGUUGCAUGGGACAAAUCCUCUUGUGAUUCUGCUACUGCUGUUACUAGUACAAAGGAUUUCAAGAGCUCUACAAGUGAUGAGAAGGACAAUAUUACAAUGACUGAGAGGAAGCAGAAUUCUGAUGAAAGCACCCCCCCCUUGUCAUUUCUUGAGAAAUGGCUCUUGGAUGAAAACGGUACUGUUCAAGUGGAAGAAAUCAUGGAACUGUCUCCAAUAUUCUGAGCACGUUAUUGUUCCUUCCCUCCCAUUCUCGAACCUUCUUAUUUUUUUUCCCCUUUUCUUUUGUUUUAUUUUAGUUUCAGCUAAACCAGUGGAGGAAAAAUCAAAGAAAAAAAAUAGCAGUGUGAUCUCUCAGGGUUUAAUCUUUUAUCAGCUGGGAUUCUGAGAAGUUAGGAUCUCUGUGCAAAUUGUAAUUAAUCUUAUUAUAUAUAUUAAUGAAUUAAAUGUCAUGAAAUAACCUUAUUAAGCAUUUCA